AUGACUUCGGCGCAGGAGGUUCAGUCAUUGCUGCGAUUCUUGUCGCAAGAUGCCAAACUUCCGCUCGCGCAGGCAAUGGGCAAAGUCAAGAACCUUCAAGCAGCCAAGCUCGUCACAGCAUCCGACCUAUCAAAGGCGGACUUUGAGAGCCUCAAGACCGUCUUUGGAGACGAGAAGGUAGCGCGACAGGUGCUAAAUGCCGCAAAGCGAGCCUCGAAAAAGCGCGCAUCAAGCGAUGCUUCAGCCCCAGUUCCAGCACCAUCGCCAAAGAAGGCGAAGCCGAUGCCCAUGUACGGACAGCCACUCAAUCCUACCGAGUUUGAAGCAUCGCUUGCGCUCCCAGAGGCGGACUGUGACGAGGAGAAGCUCAAGUCUGCAGUCAUCUAUACAAACAGAGCUCCGCUAGUACUGGCGUUUGCAUGCACUUUGCUUAAAUACACCAUGCCCGAACAGCCAAUCUCAAGUAGGCUCAGCCUCGCCCAAGCAGUCACCUCCAUGAACAGUAAGAACAAAGCCAUCCACGUUGGCUUGGAUACUGGACAAGCGGCCGAAGAUGAAGGAUGGGGCGAAGGCCAACCAAUCAUGCGAAUCAUGACUAGGGAUGUUCGCGUCAUGAAGAGGUGGGGCUAUGAGUGGGAGGAAGAAUCCACGCAAGGGACGCUUACGGCUUCAACACAAGAAACGCUCAAAUCUUCCCAGGAGACACUUGUGGAAGAAGCAAAGGCGAAAGAUCCCGCGCUUUGGGGCGUCGAUCUAGAGGCACUCAAGAAGGCCAACCAACCUGGAGCAGGCGGAUCAUAUAAAGGGGCAACAAGUCAAUUGCCCAUCUACACAGCCCAGUCAGCCAGAGCUUAUCUUAUGAAGGCAUUCGAGACUCCAAAAGUAGAAGGAACAGCACCUGCGAAGCGAACAAAUACUGGGAUAGUAGCGGAGAAGGAGCGCAAUCUCAGUCUCCUACUAGGUGCUCUCGAGCUCUUGUACCAAUCAUGGGCUGAUGUUCUGAGCAGCGAAACCCUUAAUAAUCGCGCUUGGGGAUGGUAUGUCCGCGUGCGCCCAGAUGUAGCACAUGGAGCAGCUGGAUGGGGUGGCAAGGGAAAUGUCAAGUUGUCAGACAUCCUCGAGCUGAGGCGGCCUGCUGGAUAA